UGACAGUAGGUGGAGUGUUUGGCAAUUAGCAUGAGGAGAGGGUUGGUGGAAAAGACCAACCAGCACUGCAGUCUCCCUCCUGCUCUGCCUUUGUAACUACCCUAUAAAUAGCAGCUUUACCCCUCCUCCUCCUGGAUUCCUGCUCGUGCCCGUCUGAUUCGAAUACCUGAAAUGGAGGCCACGCUCAGCUCCUCUUUCACUACCUCCUCCUUUCGCUCUUCUGUCUUUCUCCGCUCAUCCGCCUCCUCGUCCUCGAUCGACGCCCCAAGAUCUGUUGCGUACAACAACCCUAAACGAUUCUAUGGUUCGCUCAGGGCCGUGGCGAGCGUGGAGCCCUCUUCAGAUCAUAUGGUUUCGCUUGAUCUAUCAGUGAGCCCUCGAGUUAACGCCGUAAAACCCUCCAAGACUAUGGCUAUCACUGAUCAGGCCACUGCGCUUGUCCAGGCUGGAGUCCCAGUCAUCCGUCUCGCCGCCGGAGAGCCUGAUUUUGACACCCCGGCUGUCAUCGCUGAGGCUGGUAUCAAUGCGAUUCGUGAGGGCUACACAAGGUAUACCCCAAAUGCUGGGACCCUGGAGCUUAGGAAAGCUAUUUGCCGUAAGCUGGAAGAGGAGAAUGGUUUGACUUAUAAGCCGGACGAGAUAUUGGUCAGCAAUGGAGCAAAGCAGUGCAUCAUGCAGGCUGUACUGGGUGUUUGUUGGCCAGGCGAUGAGGUUAUAAUUCCGGCACCAUUCUGGGUUAGCUACCCUGAGAUGGCUAGGCUAGCUGAUGCAACACCAGUGGUUAUUCCUACUGACAUAUUAGAUAAUUUUCUCUUGAAACCAAAAGAUCUUGCCUCAAAACUUAAUGAGAAAUCAAGGCUGCUCAUUCUUUGCUCGCCAUCCAAUCCAACGGGAUCAGUUUAUCACCAAGAGCUGCUUGAGGAGAUAGCUGAUAUUGUUAGAAAACAUCCUAGGCUCCUGGUUUUGUCCGAUGAGAUAUAUGAGCAUAUCAUUUACCCUCCAGCAAAGCACACGAGUUUUGCUUCAUUGCCUGGCAUGUGGGAGAGAACCUUGACUGUCAAUGGAUUUUCGAAGGCUUUUGCAAUGACUGGUUGGAGGCUUGGAUAUCUUGCCUGCCCUAAGCACUUUGUCACAGCUUGUGGGAAGAUCCAAAGCCAGUCUACAUCUGGUGCUAGCAGCAUUUCACAGAAAGCAGGGCUUGCAGCCCUUGGUAUGGGCUAUGCAGGAGGUGAAGCUGUUGCUACCAUGGUGAAAGCUUUCCAGGAACGGCGGGAUUUUCUUGUUAAAAGCUUCAAGGAAUUAGAUGGUGUUAAGAUAUCAGAACCCAAGGGUGCUUUCUAUCUUUUCGUUGAUUUAAGCUCUUAUUAUGGAACUGAAGUAGAAGGAUUUGGCAUUAUCAACAACUCAGAAUCCCUUUGCAGAUUUCUUCUAGACAAGGCACAGGUUGCUCUUGUUCCAGGAGACGCAUUUGGUGAUGAUAAGUGCAUAAGGAUCUCUUAUGCAGCAUCACUUGCAACGCUACAGGAUGCAGUAAGUAAUAUAAAAGAGGCUUUGCUCUCCCUACGGCGCCCAAUACCUGUUUAAACGUUGCAGCCAUAAUUUGCAGAGUUAAUUAAUAAAGAAUGAGUUUGGCUUGUAUUGCAUGCCGAACUAAUUCCUUGAGAAGCUACUCGGCUUCCAGCUCAGAUAACGAUGGGCGAUGUGCUGCGAUGGUGAGCUGCCUUAGACUGAAGACCAAUCCUACUCCUACAGCUAAUGCAAACAAAAUUCCUACCGCGAAGGUGACUCCAAUCUCCAACAUCACAAACGCAACAGAUACCCCUCGCCUCGUACGAAGCCACGCUCUUACUAGAGACUUUGUCCGAGACUGGAAUUUUGACCAAAAUCUUCAGUAGAUUUAGACAACUUUGUGUAAUCUCACCUACAGAACAACGCAGCAUUUCUUUAAUAUAUUUCACUUUUAUAUUAA